UCGUGCUUAGUUUCGCUGGAAGUUAGUCACUUAUUUGUCGUUUUGCAUAACAUGGGACCCAUAAACACUUGAGUGCCCUCCAGGUGGAUUUUAUGGAUUCGCUGGCAUUGCUGUUUUUGGAGUAAACGACAACAAGACCCUUCUUGAUUCUUUCUCUUAUUAAACCCAAACAAAUAAAACGACAUCGUUGCUUCUUCUUCUCCCCUCUUCCUCACAAUCACUGUCAUAAACUGUAACAGAAAAUUAGGGUUUGUUAAUUGAAUCUUCAAUUUUGUGAUUUGUGAUGUUAUGUCUUCUUCUUCGUCAGCACCUCAUUACAGUUCCCUCCCUUCAUCUUCAAACUCCAAACCUCCAAACUUCAUCUCACGCGCCACCGCAACAACAAACCCCGUAUUCGUCACGCGCAGACCAUGGGAGGAAGUUUUCGCGCUCUACUCAUUCACGCGCCCUUACUCAAUCAGCGAAUCCACUUCGCGCGUGAAGCGUAACCUCAACCACUUCCGCGUUAACUACAUCAUGAUCAUCCUCUUCGUCUUGUUCCUCAGUCUCCUAUGGCAUCCUAUCUCGAUCAUCGUUUUCUUGGUCUCGCUCGUGGCUUGGUUUCUCCUCUACUUCUUCCGUGAAGAACCGAUUGUUCUGUUUGGGCGUUCAAUUGAUGAUAGGGUUUCUGCGGAGGUGCUGGCGGUGGUGACUAUGGUGGCGUUAGGGUUUACCGGUGUUUGGUUGAACGUGUUGAUUUCAGUUGUGGUUGGGGUUUUGGUUGUUGUGUUGCACGCUGCGUUUAGGAGUACGGAAGAUUUGUAUGUGGAUGAACAUGAGAGGUAUGAUGGAGGGUUACUUUCCUUUGCUGCGGGUACCCCUACAAAACGUACUACAGGUCGAAGUUUUAAUUAACUCCGACCUCGGCAUCUUCCGAUACCGUUUUGUCGCGCAUUUUGGAACGGUUUUUAAAAUGUUGCUACAGGGUAUAUAUUAACAUAGGUUCUUCAUUUGUGUCCCUGAUUAGUUUACAUUCAUUUAUAAAAAUACAUUUAAUUUGUUCAAGGGGAAUUGGAUUGUUCUUGUUCUUGUAUUGUUGAUUCUGAAUAGGACUGGUUUAUACUUGUACAUCUUUUUUUCUUCUUCUUCUUCAAACUUGUUUGUUAGAAUGAGGUUGAUUUUUUGUAUUUUGAGUUUCGAUAUUACUGUCUUGAUAGUUGAAAUUUUGAUAUGUUUUUUAAUUUUCAUUGCUAUUUAUCUAUUCAUCAAUGUUGGGAGCCUCUACUGAAAAUUUUGAAUUAGGAUUAUGUGGUGUUUCAAAUAAGGA